AUGAAAGCGCACAAAGCCGUGCUGGCCGCCCGCAGUCCCUUCUUUGCCAGGAUGUUGCAGCAGAACACGAAGGAAGCGCAAGAAAACUAUGUCAACAUCGAGGGCGCGGAACCCGAAGUGGUGGCCGAGGCACUGCGCUACAUGUAUUCCGGCCACGCCCUGGCCCUGCGCGAUAUGGCCCAGGGUUUGCUGGUGUUUGCGGACCGCUACGACCUGCGUGAGCUGAAGAACCAAUGCGAGGUGGAACUGGCUAGGCGCCUCACCGUAGACAACGCCGUCACUUACGCCAUCUUGGGCGUCGCCAACUCGUGUUACGUCUUACAGAAGGCGUCUGUCGACUUCAUAAGGCGGCAUUUAUGGGAGGUGAUGGGCACUACAGCGUGGAAUGAGGCCAUUCACAGAGAUCCUGCCUCUCUCGAGAAGAUCAGCUUAUCGCAAUGCGGUUGUAACACAACUCAGACCCUACCUAACUGUUUACUGAUUCAUUCUUUCGAAGUUCAUUAA